GUGUACCAAAAGUCACUUGUGAAGAAGAUGAUUUAUCACUGGAUGUGAUGACUUCAAAACCGUUCCAUGGUAACAUUUUUGUGAAAGGACGAGCUAAAGAUUCUUCAUGCAAACAGUCAUAUAGCCAUAAUAAUUCAAAUUCAUAUACUUUAUCCCUUGGCAAAUGUGGCAUGCAACGCUUACGAUCAGUUAAUCCUCGAGGGAUUAAUUUUCUCAUUACAGUAAUUGUUUCCUUUCAUCCAGCAGGUUUUAUCACAAAAAAUGAUCGAGCAUUCCAUGUAAAAUGCUUUUAUAUGGAACCUGACACAGUUGUCACAUCAGCUCUUCACGUCAGUCCAUUAGUAACAACAGAACUAUUAGAUGAGUUGAGAUUACCAACUUGUGAGUACAGUGUACGACGAGAUAGUAUCAACGGACCACAACUGGCGUUUGCAAACGUUGGUGAAACAGUAUUCCAUGUUUGGCAGUGCAGUGGUGCAGAGAUGGGUAUGCUGGUGAAAAAAUGCUUCGUAACCGAUGGCGAAGGUAACGACCACAGCGUUCUCGAUAAUGACGGUUGUUCUUUGGAUGACUUAUUGCUUGGAGAGUUGGUUUAUGAUUCCUCGUUAAUGAGGGCUCAUGCUCAAAGUCAAGUAUUCAAAUACGCUGAUAGCAAUCAACUUUUUUUCACAUGUCAAAUUCGGCUCUGCCAGAAAAUUAUGGGUUAUUGUGAAGAAAUGACACCUCCAAAAUGUUCAAAAAGUAGUGCUGAGACAAAAGAGAAGCGCUCUCAACGAUCAGUCACAUCUCAGAAAAGGGAUUUCUUGGAAUUGGAUGUGAGUACCUCGGAAAUGCUUAUUGGAGGAAUCGAUGAUACAUCCAUCGAGACGUCUGCUAUGUGCUUCUCUCCUUUCCUAGUAGCUUUGUCUAAUUUUAUACUAUUUACUUUGGUAACUGUUUUGCUAGCUAUUCUCGUUGUAAUGAGAAAAGAAACACGAAAAACUAUCAUUUGCAUGGCAUGCUUAUGAAU